GUGACGUUGCUCGCCGGAAAGGGCACUUUGGAUGUGAAAUAAUCACCGCGAGCAGACGCUAUUUGUAUUACUCCAGGAAACAUGACAGGAGACACCACGCGAGGGCUCCGCCUGUGUCUGCGUCACAUGGCUCUGCUCCGGCGGCGGCCGCGUCACGCCGCGUCGCUCCACGGACCCGGGCCCGUCAGAGCCUUCGGCUCGCCGAGGGAAGGCGAGCGGCGCCGCGGCGUGUUGUGGAAGACGCUGGUCGGCGCCGCCGUCGGCGUCCCCGUGGCGCUGGGCGUCCAGUACGCUGCGUCGGAGCCCAGAGACCGGAGGAGGACGAAGGUUCUGGUGGAGGGCUUCGGGAGAUUUUGCAGAUGUCUCUCUGUGGGAAUGUUCAUCUCCGUGGAUUACUGGUGGACCACCAACGUGUCUCUGCGCGGCCAAGAUGAGAGCAGCCCAUCCUACUCGGCCGAGCUGUCCGCCUGCCACCAGCGGGCGGCGGCGUGCAUGGUGGAGGGCGCCCUGAGCAACGGGGGCAUCUACAUCAAACUGGGCCAGGGCCUGUGCUCCUUCAACCACCUGCUGCCCCCCGAGUACAUCCGCAUGCUGCAGGUCCUGGAGGACAAGGCGCUGACCCGGCGGUACAAAGAGGUGGACGCUCUCUUCCAGGAAGACUUUGAGAAAACCCCCAAGCAGCUUUUCAAGGAGUUCGACUACGAGCCCUUCGCCGCCGCCAGCCUGGCGCAGGUCCACAAGGCCGAGCUGUUCGACGGGACGGCCGUCGCCGUGAAGGUGCAGUACAUCGACCUCCGGGAUCGGUUCGAUGGCGACAUCCGGACGUUGGAGAUCCUGCUGGACUUUGUGAAAUUCAUGCACCCCAGCUUUGGAUUCAGAUGGGUUCUCAAGGACCUGAAGGGCACACUGGGUCAAGAGUUGGACUUUGAAAACGAAGCCAAGAAUUCGGAGCGGUGUGCAGAGGAGCUGAAACACUUCAGCUUCGUUGUGGUUCCCAAAGUCUUCUGGGAGCAGACCAGUAAGCGAGUGUUAACGGCAGAGUUUUGCGUCGGGUGCAAAAUCAACAAUGUGGAAGAAAUCAAAAGACAAGGGUUGUGUCUGAAAGACACCGCCGACAAGCUCAUCCGAACAUUUUCCGAGCAAAUAUUCUACACCGGAUUCAUCCACGCCGACCCUCACCCUGGAAACGUUCUCGUGAGACGAGGUCCCGACAACAAGGCGGAGUUGGUGCUCCUGGACCACGGCCUGUACGAGUUCCUCAGCCAGCAUGACCGGGUGGCUCUCUGUAAACUGUGGCGCGCCGUCGUCCUGAGGGAGGAGGCGGCGAUGGAGAAGUACGCCCGCGCGCUCGGCGUCAAAGAGUACUUCCUGUUCUGCGAGAUGCUGCUGCAGCGGCCCAUCAACAUGCGCGAGCUGGGCCUGUCCAACGCGCUGAGUCGGGAGGAGACGACCUACAUGCGCCAGAUGGCCAGCGACCGCUUCGACAGCGUCAUGCAGGUGCUGAAGGAGAUGCCGCGGCCCAUGCUGCUCGUGUUCCGCAACAUCAACACGGUGCGGAGCAUCAACAUCACGCUGGGGGCGCCGGUGGACCGCUACUUCGUCAUGGCCAAGAGUGCGGUGCGCGGCUGGGGGAAGAUCCAGGCGGCGAGCACGGGGCUCUUCCCCCGGCUCUGGGUCUUCCGCUGGGCGAGGAUGACGUGGGAGGGCCUCAAGUUCGAGCUGGCUUUGAGGUGGGAGAUGGCGGCGAUGAGCGCGACGCGCUCCUUCCUGGGCCUGCUGUCCUACCUCGGUCUGGUGUCUCUGAACGCCGAAAUGUACGAGUACCUGAGGUAGUGAACGUCUCGCUACGACAGGAGCCGAGAAUGAGGACCCCCGACCUCACGUGGGCAUGAGCCUGGACUCUGGUUCCAGACGCGAGUCCCUUUCAUCAGAACCAGAGCAGUAGAACUUAACGGCCUCUUGUAAGGCUUUAAAUUCAAAGAUCGUGUAUAUUUUUCUUGUCAGUUUUCAGUCCGCGGGUUAUGUUUUGAAGAUGCAUUCAGGAGCGUCGAGUCGAUGCGUAAACGUGCCUUUCGCCAUAAAUAAUACAAACCGCACAAACUGCAGCUUCGACGCAGACUAUAAUUUAUGUGUGUUGAUGACGCUGUGCUUGGACCUAUAAGAACAGCCGCCUCACCAAAAGCAUUUUAAAUUAUUUUAACCAUGUUAAUAAAAAUGUUCUACCUCUUUAAAAAGAA